GCGACCCUGUUUUUGUACGGGCGCUUAUUUUAAACAACGGUUAAUUUAAAAUUUUCGACACAGAAAUUAGAACUUCGUCUAUAAAUGAAACAUUCUGCAUCUCCCCCUUUCACCAAUAUUAUUUAUUCCCAGCUUUCCAAUUCCCCUGCAUAUAUAAUUUUUUUCCCUUUUUACCCCUCCCUCCAUUGCCCGAAACCAGACAGCCUUAAUUGAUUUCAGGCUGUCCUUCUAGGGCACAGAUGAUGAGUGUCUGAAAUCUCAUCUUCCCCAAAAUCGAAAUCGGAACGAAGUGUUCGAUUCGGUCGAGGUCUGAUAAUGGAGGAUUACGAGGGGGUGUUUGCAGAGAGGUUUGUAAUAAUUUGGGGUCAAAUUAGAGUUCCAUUGAUAGUUCCUUUGCUGAAAGUUGGUGUGGUUUUGUGCCUGGCAAUGUCGUUGAUGCUGUUCGUGGAGAGAGUAUACAUGGCGGCGGUGAUUACUCUGGUGAAGCUGUCUGGUCGGAAACCCCACCGGCGGUACAAAUGGGAGCCAUUGAAGGAUUAUGAUUUGGAGGUCGGGAAUUUAGCAUAUCCCAUGGUUCUUGUCCAAAUCCCAAUGUACAAUGAGAAAGAGGUGUAUCAGCUAUCUAUCGGAGCUGCCUGCGGGCUUUCCUGGCCGUCCGAUCGGAUUAUCGUUCAAGUUCUUGAUGAUUCCACAGAUCUCAUCACUAAGAACCUGGUAGAAAUCGAAUGUCAGAGAUGGGCAAGCAAGGGAAUAAACAUUAGAUACGAGGACAGAGGAAAUAGGAACGGCUACAAAGCAGGGGCAUUAAGAGAUGGCCUAAAGCAUUCGUAUGCAAAACAAUGCGAGUACGUGGCGAUCUUCGACGCCGAUUUCCAACCCGAACCCGACUUCUUGUGGCAAACCAUCCCUUACCUCGUGCACAAUUCCCAGCUCGCCCUCGUACAAGCUCGCUGGAAAUAUGUGAAUGCAGAUGAAUGUCUGAUGACGAGGAUGCAAGAAAUGUCUCUGGACUAUCAUUUCUCAGUUGAGCAAGAAGUUGGUUCUUCCACCUACGCCUUCUUUGGCUUCAACGGAACCGCCGGAGUGUGGAGAAUGGCGGCGAUAGAUGAGGCGGGAGGAUGGAAGGAUCGGACAACGGUCGAGGACAUGGAUUUGGCUGUCCGUGCCUCCCUAAAGGGAUGGAAAUUCUUGUAUCUUGGUGCCGUCCAUGUCAAGAACGAACUUCCUAGCACAUUUAAGGCGUAUCGCUACCAGCAACACCGUUGGUCGUGUGGCCCUGCCAAUCUAUUUAGAAAAAUGGCAUUUGAGAUCAUCCAAAAUAAGAAAGUGUCAUGGUGGAAAAAGGCACAUGUAAUAUACAGUUUCUUCUUUGUACGGAAGAUCAUAGCCCACAUUGUAGCCUUCAUGUUCUAUUGCAUUGUGCUUCCGGCAACCGUUUUGAUCCCCGAAGUCCAAAUCCCUAAAUGGGGCGUGAUUUACAUACCGUUGAUGAUCACCCUACUCAACGCGGCCACGACUCCAAGGUCACUCCACUUGCUCGUCUUUUGGAUCCUCUUCGAGAAUGUAAUGUCCUUGCAACGCGCGAAGGCUACCUUCACGGGCUUGCUAGAGAUAGGGAGAGUCAAUGAAUGGAUCGUCACCGAGAAGCUCGGGGCCACUCUCAAGUGGAAGUCGACUCUCAAGGCCUUUAGGAGACCACACUUUAAAAUCGGAGAAAGGGUGCAUCUUUUGGAGCUUGCGAUCGGAUGUUAUUUGUUUUUUUGCGGCUUCUACGAUGUUGCAUUCGGGAAGGAUCACUAUUACAUGUUCCUACUCAUUCAAGCGAUCGCGUUCUUCAUCAUCGGAUUUGGCUAUGUAGGUACUUUUGUUCCGUCUUAGAUUUCACAGGAUCGUUUUUUGUCGUCGUCGUCGUCGGAGAAUAUUGUUUUUGUGCUUGGAAAUGUAAAAAGAAAGUAAUUCUUUUGAGUUUGAGAAUAAGAGAGGGAGCUCACAUAUAUAUAUUUCUAAUGUCUAUGUCGUGUAAUGAAAGAAAGUUGUUCAAUGGAUAUAUGUAGUCUACUAGUAGUAAAAUUUGAAUUGUAAGUUUGAAAGUUAUAUACAAUUUGUUGAUGUUAUGUGUUUUAUUAUUGUUUA